UGAUCAGUCAAGGUUCUGUAGCGUGGCAGUUUAGCAGUGUCAAUCACGACAAGCUGUUCGGAAACCUUGACUAGCUUCACAACUCCGAUUGCGCACAACAAUACACGAUGAAGCUUACACUAUCAUCAGCCGGGCUCUUCGCCUCUCUUGUCUCUCUAGUCUCGGCAACAGCUUUAACAUACAAGAUUGGAGCAAACGAGAAAGCUUGCUUUUUCGCUGCACCCGACAAGACAGGUGCCAAGAUUGCCUUCUACUUUGCUGUACAAUCUGGAGGCUCUUUCGAUAUCAACUAUGAAGUUACUGGCCCUGGAGACAAGGUUAUUUUGGACGGGGAGAAGGAACGUCAGGGCGAUUUCGUUUUCACGGCCAAUGAACUCGGCGAGUACAAGUUCUGCUUCAACAACGAUAUGAGCACCUACUCGGAGAAGUUUGUAGACUUCGAGAUUGCCGUCGAGGACGAAGUGCGGGCUCAGCUUCCAUCUAAGCAAGGAUCGACUCCGGAACAGACCUCGGCCCUCGAAGAAUCCAUCUAUAAGGUGUCAGGUCAACUAUCCACCAUCGCACGAAACCAGAAAUACUUCCGCACACGAGAAAAUCGAAACUUUAGCACUGUCCGAAGCACAGAAGGCAGAAUUGUCAACUUUAGCUUAAUCCAGUGUCUCAUGAUGGUCUGCAUGGGUGCUCUACAAGUCUUUGUUGUUCGAUUCUUCUUCCAGGGUGCACGAAAGGGUUAUGUGUAAAUGAGGAAUUUCGAACAUUAAGAUCAGGACUGGUUUUGCGGCGUAUAUUGGAACAACGGUUGGCUUUGGCACCUCAUGCGUACUGUAUCAUAGGAGUCAAAAAGGGAUUGGAAUUGUCAGCUUGUUUGAGUGGAGAAGCUUUGCAAUUGAUAUGAAAGGAGCUAAUGAAAUCCCGUAAUACACCCUGUGACAUUCAGUCGCUUGAUAGGACUCUACAUUAACAACAUUGAGUAACUGAGGUUAUUAUACGUGUGUCCAGUGUAAGCUUUACAAGUAUAUCUUGUGGCCCAACUGCAUGUUAGAUUGAUUGCAGUAUGCUUCGACAAGCCGGCAAGACCUCUUCCCUUCUCCUACGGGUCGACUGUCUUGAUAAUUAGGGGAUGGGAGGUAGUUUCUGAUUUUGUUCCAUUUUGCCCUCGAUAGUUCAUAUUAUCGACGUCAAUGUUGAUGCCGUUAACAGUUUUCAUUAU